ACUCCUAGUAUCUCAUGUUCAUUCAUAGAAAAUUAUUUUCAGGAAAAAAUGAAUCGUCACAUAGCUUUUUUGUUAGUUAUCACUUUGUCUUUCGGAUUCAAUGAAGCUUGCAAAGAGUGCACUCUAAUCAUUCAAAACCUACUAACUCCUGGUAGUAAUCUCAAAGUCAUUUGCGAAUCCAACAGAAAGGAUAGAGUAAACGGCGAAGUGAAGUUCAAAAGUAAUCCAGUUCAAAUAAAUUUCAAAGAGGCUUAUCUUGAAAGGACAACAUGGCAUUGCAUGUUGCGGCAAGGUGCGUAUUCUCAAUACUUUAGAGCAUACAGAGGAAGUGCUCCAGUUCCUCGAUGCGGUGAGUUACGUGUAUACAUUGCCAAACCUGAUGGCAUUUAUUUAUCCAAAAACCGUGGUCCUGAAAAGCUCGACUACCGUUGGAACAAAAACUAAGGGCAACCUUAACGGCGAGGUUCUAAUUAAUUAAACAAUAUUAAAUAACAAUAAAGGAAAAGAGAAGCUGUAAUUAGUCUCUCAAAUGAGAACUCUAGAUAAUCGCUUCUCCUCUGCUGUCACUUUAUAAUAGGAUAGUUUUUUUGUUUUUUUAUUUUUAAUUUAAACAAAUAAUAAUAUUAAAAGAAAAUGAUUAAAUAAAAUAUGUUGAGAGACUGUGAGGGUCUCUGCCGAUGAGGUUGGUCUAAGGUUAAGAUACUCUAUUUCAGUUUUAAGAGCUU